UCCGUCCCGGUGACCUCUAGAGACGGUUCGGUCCUCUCUCGUUGGAAUAGGGCCGAGCCUCGUGGCGCUGUAGCCGGACGCUCCUCCCCGUCAUGGACGUCCAGAGGCCCGGCUCCGUGGUGCGGCCGCCGAGCCCCAUGGACAGCCUGGAGAAGCAGCUGAGCUGCCCCAUCUGCCUGGACAUGUUCACCAAGCCCGUGGUCAUCCUGCCCUGCCAGCACAACCUGUGCCGCGGCUGCGCCAGCGACCUCUACGACUCGCGCAACCCGUACCGCUACUCGGGCGGCGUCUUCCGCUGCCCCACCUGCCGCUUCGAGGUGGUGCUGGACCGCCACGGCGUGCACGGGCUGCAGCGCAACCUGCUGGUGGAGAACAUCAUCGACCUGUACAAGCAGCAGCAGCAGGGCGGCGGCCCCGAGGCGCCCCCGAAGCCCAAAGAGUCCAAGGAGCCGAUGUGCCCGGAGCACGAGGACGAGAAGAUCAACAUCUACUGCGCCACGUGCCAGGUGCCCACCUGCUCCAUGUGCAAGGUGUUCGGCCAGCACAAGGACUGCGAGGUGGCGCCGCUGGCGAGCGUCUACCAGGCCCAGAGGGGCGAGCUGAGCGACGCCAUCGACGCCCUGGCGGCCGGCAACGGCCGGCUGCAGGCGCUGCUCGCCCAGAUGGAGGACGCGGGCCGCGCCGUCCAGGACAACGCGCAGCGCGCCAAGCUGGGCCUCGCCGAGCGCUUCGACCUGCUGUACGCCGUGCUGGAGGAGCGCAAGGCGGCGCUGCUGGAGCGGGUCGGCCGCGAGCAGGACGAGAAGGUGGCGGCGCUGCGGGCGCUGGCCCGGCGCUACGGCGAGCGGCUGCUGGCCAGCGCCGAGCUCACGGACGAGGCGGUGCGCGCCCUGGAGCGGGGCGGCGCCGCCCACUUCCUGUUGGCCUCCGAGACGCUCAUCGCGCAGACCCGGGACGCCGCCGCGGGCUCGCUGGGCGAGGAGAGGCCGGCGCCGGGCUUCGAGAAGAUGGACCACCUCGCCCUGUCGACGGAGAGCGUGGAGGCGGUCCUGGCCAAGAUGGACUUCGGGGCGUGCGACGACUUUGAGGAUGCAGAGGAGGAGGAGGAGGAGGAGGAAGAGUAGUGGAAGCGGUCACGGACUUGUAGGAAACGAUGUUUGUGGCCGGGACGGCGUGUGAGGAGAGAAAUACACGGUCACGGUACUUUCAGUGCAAUAUUUUAACGCCGAUGUCGUAUUCAUUCUAUUUCUUAACCUCUUUUUUUUUAUACUUUUGUACUUCUAAGUUGAGAGUAACGUAACUGUAGAUCGCCCAAAGGUCGAUCACACGCCGUGUGGCUCGGGGUCUGUUUGUGUGUUUCUCACGUUGUUGACGCUGAUCGUCUCUGGAUUGAGGAAUAAAAGCUGCGUGAAGUGAA